GGGCGGGGGUUCGUGUCGCUAGUGGUUGGAGGGCGUGCAUGAAGGUUUUUGACUGAAAAUGUUCGACUGACAUCUCGACAUCUGUCACAGUCAUUCAGACUUAUAAGUCAGAGGAAUUGUUUUUCUGUCGAAUAGAAGAACAUCCAAACGUAAAAAAUCUAAAAAGCAUCUGGAAAAAUGCCGUCGUUUUCUGCUCUCCUUUUUCUAGGAGUUGUCAUUCCAUGUGUACUGUCAGCUGAUUUGGUCCCUGUUCUCUUGUGGGAUUCUUAUAGAGAUUCAUCUAUUAAAACCAACAGUAUCCCAGUUCUGUCAAAGAUUAGUCAAGAUGAAUUCAAGGGAAUUCUCUCCAAGAAGUUGCAGAACAACCCUGUCGUGAUAGUCUUUGCUGAAGAAAAUCUGAGUAUAGAAGACUUCAGCUGGCAAGAUGAGUCAGGGCAAGGUGCUUUCCCUAAUCUGCACAACCUGUCUCGAUCUGGAGAUGCAGAUCUACUUUACCUUCCAUUUGUAGAGUCACCUCUUGCUGUGCUUGAGCACAUGUAUCCUCAGAACCCAGGCUGGAAUGAAGCCAUACUUGGCCCAGAGGGAAUUCCAAUUCUGAGUAAAGACACCCCAUACUCAAACUUCUUGAAAGUCAACCUGGAAGAUGCUAAAGUUAGUGAUGGAAGAUCUGAUUUACUGAAGCGACAUGACUCCACCAUCUAUAAUAUCUAUCAAGACUUGAGACACAAUCACGACCAUGUCAUUGCCAUCUAUACAUCAUUGCACUCUUCAUGGCAUGUAGAGGAAAACACAAAGUCAAGGAAAAUACGUGAAGCUGAGGAAAAUGCUGCCAAGGAAUCGGAGGGCGACAGUCCAAAACCCAAGGAAGCUGAAGAAACUGCUGAAGAACGAAGUGAAGCUGGUGAGCCUAAGGAGAAAGAAAGUUCCACAAAGAACACAGAGUCUGUUACCUCUCCAUCAUCUGCUCAAUCCUCAUCACCCCUUCCGUCUGCCAACCCAACAUCUGGUCCUCAAGAAGAGUGGCCACCUUUCAUGACUAUUCCUAUUUUAUCAGGGCUCAUGGUUACUUCUCUCUUAUUGGGUAUUCUAGGCUUUGCCAUAUCUGCUAUGAUGGAAAUUAAACCUAUGAUGCGCUUUGAUGAUCCUAAAGGAAAGUCAUUAACCUUCACUGUUCAGGAGUAAUGCCAUAUAAAUGAUAAAUGAUCUGUUUCUAGUAUGUUGUUGAUUUGUCUAUUUUGCCUUAAAGCAAUGCUUGUGUAUGUGGUAAUCUUCCAUUCCAAAGUACAUUUUGCUCUCUUGAUAAAAAUUUAAUGUUACUUGUAUUUACUGUAAGUGGAAUGCCAUAGUAAUUUUAAGUUUGCAAUGAAGUUAAAUCCUGGGACACUUAACAUUAAGUUAAAAUGUUGUGAGUUAUGAAAUAAUGUGGAUCAUUAGAGUUUGCAGUUCAGUAUUAUAUCAAAUUCAGUUUGCAUAGUGAAAAAUGUGCAUUUAACCCAAACCAGGCACGACUAGCCUUUCAUUUAUGUAAUUUUACAAUGUACUUUCAGUUCAAAUAUUGUUAUGGUACUUAUUGUAAAUUUUCAUUUUUUGGUUUGUAUAGUACUUUUAAAUUGUCCAAGACAAUAAUUGAGGCUUAUGGUACUUAUUUUAUUUGUGCUGCUAAUUAAUUAGUAAUAAGUGGAAUAAAAUUAAGAUUAGUGGAACAAAAUGGAAGUAGAUCUGCACGUCUUGCACAUACAUAGUGCUAAUAAGUUUGUUGUGUAGCUGGUACAAGAGAUGUGGGAAAUAUCAUGGGUAAGAGAAGAAAAAUAAAAAGCUGGAAGUAAACAGAAACAACUGGAAAA